AUGAGAAAAGCAAAUGCUAAAGUGUUUUUUGGUGCCACUUCCAAUAUUACAAGUUGUGGUUUAAGAGAAGUAGUCUGUUAUAUGGCCAAAAACAAGUAUUUUGAUGUUUAUGUUACUCCUGGUGGUGGUAUUGAAGAAGAUAUUAUAAAGUGUUUUAAACCUACAAAACUUGGAUGCUUUAAAUUAGAUGGUAAAGAAUUAAGAGAGAAUGGUUGGAAUAGAAUUGGAAAUUUAGUGAUUAAUAAUGAAAAUUAUGUUUAUUAUGAACAAUUCAUUGUUGAAUUGCUAAAUGAAUUAAUUGAUGGUUAUACACCUGAAAAUCCAAGAAUAAUUACACCAUCAGAAUUUAUUUCUUUAUUAGGAAAGAAAAUUAACAAUGAAAACAGUGUAUUAUAUUGGUGUUAUAAAAACAAUAUUAACGUUUAUUGUCCAGCUAUUACAGAUGGUUCAACAGGUGAUAUUAUUACAUUUUUUAAUAAAAGAGACUGUUUAAAGAUUGAUAUAGUCCAAGAUAUUUACAAUAUAAAUUGUGAAUGUAUGAAUUUAAAGAGAUAG